CUACCUCAGAUAUUGUACAACUCAGCGCACAUCACUCCGGUUGCAGUUUCCGUCGCCUUGACCUUUCCCUGUAUAUGUUUGUUGCGAUUGUGGUUAAGUACACCAGCAUGGGCGCUAUGCGGAUAAUUUUUAUUGCGGCCAAUCAGCGGGAGCCCUAUAUAUGCCGCAGUGAGCUUGGCCCAUGGUACUGCGUUCUUAUAAGCGCUUUGGAACUCAUUUGCCGUCUAAGAAAUUAUAAAUGUAUAAUCCGGGAGGUGCCCCGCAAAGGACUUAAAAACGAGCAUCUGGAUGGUGUUUUGGGUGCCCUUACUAACCAAACAGCCGAUGUGGGUAUUGCCGCCCUGGGAAUGACAUACAACCGGGCCAAAUAUCAUCACUAUGUGCCUUCCUUUUUUAGUCGCGAAUAUUCUGUAUUAAUUAGCAAAAACAAACUUGAGCAUACUUACGGAAGCUACGGAGUGGUUGUGUCGCCUUCGCGUAUUGCCACCUGGGAUGUGUGGCUGACCGUUAUCAUUACUUUGUUCUUCAUUACCGGAUGCAUCGUGCUUUUGCGGCGCCGUCUUUUUGCUCAUUAUUUCAUGUACACUGCAUUCCUUUUAUUUGGAGCAACGCUAAAUCAAGACGACAUUCGACCACCAACGGGACCGCUUUCCGGCUCCGUGCGGGCGCUGUUACUCCUGUGGUUGUGCUGGUCAUUUAUCAUUACCACCAUGUUUACAAGCACCAUGUCAUACAUUUUUACCGUUCUGCCUAAUAAAGCCCUGCCGUUUACUAAUUUCGAAACCCUUUUGUCGUCUGGUUUCCAAGUCGAAACGACAAGCCAAGCCCAACAGUUUUUGAAUAACUCCAUAAAUCCAAUGGAAAGGUCAGUUGCCAGAAUUGUGACUGUUUCUGACGAUAAGAAACAAUGGAUUGGGAACAUCCAGCGUAUGCAGAUCGAAGAUAAAUUCGCAACCAUGGUCGGAGAUGAUGUGUUUGCGGAGAUCGGAAAUUACUCCAAAUUUUUAAUCGAUGGACGGUGUCAUCCACAAGUAAUUGCCAUGACCCCUAUUAAAUUACCUAUUGCCUCGUUUGUAUUGCCUUAUGGGUCCAAAAGCAUCGAAGUAUUCCAAAAGCACUAUUACCGAUUUUGGGAGGUAGGCAUUAUUCCCCAUAUGUUCAAGCAAGGAUUACGCACAAAUGGGCGUAUUGGAAAAGCCGAACCGCUUUGUGGACCGGAUACAUAUUUCCCUGUUCGUCUGGCGUCGUAUGGUAACGUCAAUUUAGAGCGGGUGCGUUUUGUUUGGAAUGGCUGGCUUCUGGGCAUUGCGUUUGCGCUUGUCACUUUUGUCGGAGAAUUGUUAUUCGUUAUUCUAAAUUCAAGGAACGAAAAACUUUAAAAACUCUUCCUACUUUUGGCGUCAUAUUCAUCAUCAUGCUUGUAGCCAAAAAUAGUCAAAUAAACAGAACAGAAUGUCAUAUACUGUAUAUCGUACGCAAUCGUGGAUCAAAUCAUCAUCAAUGUUAUUGAUCGCAAACUUAUAGC